GAGCAGCAGUCUGCAGGAGCGAGCGGGGCUUGUCGUAGCAUACGGCUCUACCCGGGGACGUCGGUGCUUCGCAGGGCCCUCACCGUUCAUCAACAUGGAGUUUUUAAUGGGGAAUCCGUUCAGCACGCCGGUGGGACAGCGGAUCGAGUGUGCGACCAGCUCCAGCCUGCCGUCAGAAGACUGGGCCCUCAACAUGGAGAUCUGUGACAUGAUUAACAGCUCAGAGGAAGGACCCAAAGAUGCAGUCAGAGCCAUAAAGAAAAGGAUUGUGGGGAACAAGAACUUCAAGGAGGUUAUGCUGGCACUGACUGUCCUGGAGACUUGUGUGAAGAACUGCGGCUACAGGUUUCACAUCAUGGUGACGACACGGGAUUUUGUGGAGGGGGUGCUGGUGCGCUCGAUCAUCCCGAGAAACAACCCUCCAUUAGUCCUGCAUGACAGAGUUCUCAGCAUUGUGCAGGCGUGGGCUGACGCAUUCCGUAGCUCACCCGACCUGACGGGUGUGGUGUCGGUGUAUGAAGACCUGCGAAGGAAAGGACUUGAGUUUCCCAUGACAGAACUGGAGGGUUACUCACCCGUCCAAGCCCCAAAAACGACUUUGCCUAAGAACGGGCCCGCUGUCACUACUCUGCCUGCUGAGCUCCUAUCUUCCAAACCUCCGCUCAUCCCCUCCCAGACUUCAGAGCUGAAACUAGCCUUAGGGGGAAACAAUGCCUUCACUCCCAGCCAGGUAAAAAAGCUGAAGACAGAGCUGGGAGUGGUGCGGAGCAACCUGACAAUGAUGUCAGACAUGAUGAGUCAGCUGGAUCCAGUCACAGUAAAACAAGCAGACAUGGAGCUGCUGGAGCAGUUAUACACAGUAUGUAAGGAAAUGCAAGAGAGGAUAGUGAAGAUCGUCCCCAGACUCAGUGAAGAGAAGCUGAUCGAAGAGUUGCUGGCAACUAAUGAUGAGAUGAACACUGCCUUUACUCGCUACCACAGGUUUGAAAGACGAAUAAUAAAUGGUCCAGACAUGGCACAAAAGAGCCACCCAUACGUCAACCUUACAGACCUCGAUUUGACAGAGGAGUCUGUCAGCCAAUCAGGGGUUGCAUCAGUUACCAAUGACAGCUCACUCAGCAAGUCAAAGGCUGACAGUUUGUCCAGUCAGAUGGCAAAACUUAGUACAAGUGAAUCAGAUGACACAUUAUCACCGAGAAUAAAUGUCUCAACUCAACAAAGACCAAGCAAAGAGAAUGAAGUUGCAGUGGACGGUCUGGCUCAGGCUCUGGACAGCAGACUACUAAACGCUGGAACGGAUGGCAGCCCAGCCUCCACCUGCAGCUCUUCUCCAAAGUUAGAUUGGAUGAUUAAAAGGGGAAUGAUUCCUAUCAACCAGAACACUGUAAUGGAUGAUAUUGAGAAAUGGCUAGAGUUGGAUGAUGAGUAUGAUGACUUUGAGGAUUCGGAUGGUGUGACCAGUGAAGGUGGCACUAGAGGCUUAAUUGGAGUUUGACAAGUUUUUAGCAGAAAGAGCAAAAGCAGCCGAGCGUCUGCCAUCGCUGAAAACGUCCUCACAGGACACCAACCACUCUGAGUCUUAAUUUACACUUUAAACCUGCCAAACUAACCAUACUCAUGAAGCUCCUGCGCUGUCGGCUGAGAACUGGAGAUGUCCUUUAGAUGAAUGGUUGAAUGGCACAUUUGAUAUGGGGAUUACAGCUCAUAUCAGAGGGAGGUUAUCGUCGCUCUGUAUACUGCUCUUUCCUGGGGAGCAAAUAUGUUUUUUUUUAACUGAUGAAAAUAAUGUUAUUUGAUGAAAAACAGUGUUUUUUACUUGACAUUGUUAUGAGGGUUUGUCCAUGUGUGGAAUGCAAACAUUUGCACAUUUUAUAUGGUUACAUUCCUGCUGUUGAUAGAGAGAGAGGAUAUUGUUACAGAAAACAACUUUUUCAACAUAGAUGAUGUAUUAUAUUGCUGAUGUAUGUAUGUUGUCAAAUGUGAUGAUGGGUUACAGAAUACAUCCCUGUCAAAGUAGCAAACACUGAUAACUUGUAUGUAAGAGAAGUUCGGCUAUUAUACAGUGUAAUAGUUUGAUGCUUCACAUUGUUAUUGAUGUAGGAUGUCAAAGGAAACUGACUGAGGUUUUUUUUACAUCCAAUAUUUCCUUGUAAAGAUGUUUUACUUGACAUUUAACAGGAAGUCAUGACAGACUGCUGUCAUAUAUUAAACUAAAACUAUUAA